AUGUGCCAAUUUGUUAGGUUACCUUAACAACAACAUUCCGGUUUGAAGAUAAUUUUGAUUAUUGGCGGAAAAUGACUAGUAACAACUCUAAACCAAUAUUUUUAGACGUAGAUUCCUCUAUUGUGGAGAAAAAUCUUCGCUUUACGAGAGAUGAUGAAGAGGAUGAAUUUACUAAGCUCUUUGGUAAAGCUCCACCACCCUCGAAAAUUAUUACGCCUACUCCAGGACUGGUUGUGAAGACCCACGAGGUGGGAACAUCAAAGAAAGUAUUCGUCAACAUAUGCCAUACGGAUGCGAUUCCGCCACCGAAAAACAUCACCGAACAGGAACUUCAAAAACAGCUGGAGGAUGAAGUUCCCGAUUUUAAGGUGCCCAUGAGCAUUGGGAACAUGAGGGCCGAUAAGGAUAAUAAAGGAGUCGAAGUUAAUGUCGUCGACAUCGCCAUUCAUACCACGUUCUUUAAAAAAAUGCAAAACAUCGCCACCUUCAAAAGUUUCUUCUUUGCUGUGGCUUUUGCCGGUCUCGAACAUAAGUACGGUUUAAUAUGCGUAGACCAAAAGAUAAUAUUAAAAAACAAAGCGGCUUACGGCACUCUUCAGCCGCACAGAAUUGAACAACGAGAUAUUGAGGAGAAAAUGGGAAAGGAGGCUCCGAAGCCCUCGCCCAUGGAAGAAAUUACAGGAAAGAAAGAAGAGCCGAAGAAAAAGGUGAUCAUCGAAACCUUGUCAAGCGUUGAGAAUAAACCUAGAGUACCCGAGUACAGGCUGUACAAGCAAAUGGGAGGUCCGAAUAGUUUAAUUGGCGAGUUCAAGUUUCCGGAUGUGAUUUCUGCCAAACAACUAACUGUGGAUAUUGGGGAGGAUAGAAUUUUAGUUGAAUCAACGUCUAAGAAUUAUUUGUUAGAUAUAUUCAUUCCAUAUGUUAUUAGACAAGAGAACUGUACAUCAACAUUUAUUAAAGCUUCAAAGAUAUUGAGAGUAGUAAUGCCACUUAAGGGAGGAUAAGCAUUGUUUCAUCUUUGAUUCAAUUUAAUUGUAUUUGUGUAAUUGUGUAUUAAAAAUAAUAAAUUGUUAACUGUUAA